GGUUUCAUGAAUAUGAAGUCAAGAAAAGUCAGGAAGUACAGGAAGACUUUAAAUUCUGUCUCGGCUUUAAGGUGGAUUUAUCCGGUAAAAUAAAAGCUGAAUUAAUAAAUGCUCAAGAAGAUGGUGCACCUUUAUAUCCUAUUGAAAAUACAUAUAUUGUUAAUGGAGUUGGAAUGUCAAAACUACUUCAAUCCAGAUUACAAGGACGCCGAUUAUAUAUUGAUCGUGAAAGAAUGGACAUGAAAUCAUUAGAAAUUUUGAUUAUACAUGGAUUAAAAAUGGAGGAUGAACUUUUGGGACCAUUUCCAUGGAAUAAAUUAUAUGAUCGUUAUAGGCCUUUUGAAGAGUUCGAAAGAAAACUUGCGAAAAUUACUCCUUCUCGGAAAAAUAUAAUUGAUAUAAGCGAUAAGGAUUUAGAAAGGAUCCGUUUAAAUUUUCCCGAUAUAGAAGGCCGAAUUGAUGAAGUAACUAAAAUCAAUUCCAAAAAUUGGAAUAAAUUGAAAGAUCGAUAUAUUUUAACGACGACAAUUAUUUUUGAUAUAUUGGAAAUGACUUGA